UGAAUUCUCAUCUCUCCCUUGUCAUCUUCCCCACUCUAACUAUGGUAAAACCGUAAAACAAUACGAAUCAAAUCGUACAAACAAAUCCACUCUGGGGAUCUGAGUGACAUGACUUCAUCUCAAAAACUACAAACCCUCUCUCUCUUUCUCUCUCUAGAUUCUAUACAUUUGGUUGGGUCUCUUUCAUUCUGUUUCAUUCUGCUCCUCACCUUCCUUGGCUCUUAGCCUCUUUUAGCAAUUGCAACAUGUUCCAAUUCCCUGAAAUCCCUGACUGUGUUCUUCCAAAUAAACCCACCUUAAUUCCCCCUCUCUCUCCGACUCCAAAUCACUCUCUCUAUCUCUCGAACCUCGAUGAUCAGAAAUUCCUUCGAUUCUCGAUCAAAUAUCUCCUUCUUUAUCGGAAAUCUCCUGAUGUUGGGUCACUCAAACGCUCUCUCUCUGUAGCUUUAGUGGGUUAUUACCCACUUGCAGGGAGGUUGAGAGUGAGCCCUGUGAAUGAGGAGAAGCUUGAGGUUGAUUGCAAUGGAGAGGGAGCGCUUUUCGCAGAGGCUGUUUUGGACUUGACAGUUGAGGAGUUUAAGGGGAUAUGUGAGAAACCCAACAAGUCAUGGAGGAAGCUCUUGUAUAGGACUGAGGGGCAGAGCUUUUUGAGCAUACCUCCUCUUGUAGUUCAGGUAACCCAUUUGAAGUGUGGAGGAUCGAUCCUAUGCCUGGGCAUAUGUCACUGCCUGUGUGAUGGCAUUGGAAGCGCACAGUUCCUCCAUGCAUGGGCUGAUAUUUGCAAACAUCCUAACCAGACCCCCUCAUCAAACCCAUGUUGGGAAAGACACUUACUAAAGCCUAGAAACCCCUUAAAAAUUGAAUACCCACACAUAGAAUUCACCCAAACCCAGUACCAACAUGACCUAACCACCCCUUUUGAUCUAGACCAAGUCCUAAAGCCAGAAACCCUAGUACCCACCUCUCACACUUUCCACCAUGAUGACAUUUUCUCUCUAAAACAACUGUGCAACCUCUCUCUAAAAUGCACCUCUUUCGAGGUAUUAUCAGCUCAUGUGUGGAGCUCAUGGGCCAAAGCAAUGUGCCCACCUUCUCACCUCAAGAUAAAGCUUCUUUUCAGUGUAAAUAUAAGGAAAACAAUGAGACCAAAUCUUCCUCAGGGGUAUUAUGGAAAUGGAUUUGUUCUUGGAUGUGCUGAAACCACAGUGAAAGAGUUAGUGCAUGGGAAUUUAUCACACAUAGUGAGGCUCAUUCAAAGGGCUAAAUCAAGGUUAACAGAUGAUUAUGUAAAGUCAAUGGUGGAUUAUCUCGGGGAGAAUCGCGUUAAGCCUGAUUUAAGCCUGAGUUUGGUGAUUUCUCAGUGGACUAGAUUGGGAAUGGAGAGAGUUGAUUUUGGAGAGGGCAUGGCUUUAUUCAUGGGUCCUCUUUGUAGUGAGAUUUAUUGCAUCUUUUUUCCUGUGUAUGGGGAUUCAUGUGGUGUCACAGUGUUGAUGUCAGUUCCUGAAAGUGGGGUUGAGAGCUUUGGUUAUUGGAUGAAGAAUUUUAGAGAGAGAGAAAUGGAAGGAGAGGGAAAGAAGAAGAGUGACAUAUUUAUGCCUGCAACUUGUACUGCACAUGAGUGUCACCAGAUUUGUGCACAUAUGGCUCCCCCAUUAGAUUUUGCUACGACAUAAGGAUUUAGAGGAUGAAGAGAGAGAGAGUGUACCAGUGUUUGUAGCUUGAACUACUGAUGGUUUUCCCGGGUAUCUUGUAUUCUAUGAAUCACGUGCUAUCAUGAAUAAAUA